AUGUUGACGGCACAGGAACUUUACGCAGCGCUAAUAAUUAUGACGCAUACCUGACAACAGGAUCUAGAACCAGUGACUUUAAGUUCGUGAUAUCCUUACACUUAUGGCACCACAACAAGCCAGCUGACCAGACCUAUGAAAAGUCCAAGGACUUCCCGGCUGACGUAUUUGGAGACAGUGAUGGUUCUCCUGAGCCCGUCUAUGGAGACGUGACCUACUCUAUCCCGGAGGAGAUGAAACGUGGAUCUGUAAUUGGAAAUAUCGCUAAGGAUGUGGGACUUGACUCGGGCAGACUGUCUGCUCGCAAGGCUCGUAUCGACACUGAGGACAACAGCGUUAAGUACUGCGGCGUAAAUAUCAACACCGGAGACUUGAUCGUGCAAGAGAGGAUCGACAGAGAAGGGCUUUGUGGGAAAAAGGCGUCAUGUGUUCUGAAACAGGAACUCAUCAGUGCUAAAGAUGGUCUUGGAUUGGUGUCAUAUGCAACUUUAAUAAUUGAAAUUACAGACAUAAAUGAUAAUGCUCCAGUUAUAUAUCUGAAAUCACUGUCUAACCUUAUACCUGAGAAUGUAUCACCUGGUACAGAGGUGGGCAUCAUUAAUGUACAGGAUAGAGACUCUGAGACUAACAGACAGGUCCGCUGCUCCAUUCAGCAAAACGUCCCUUUUAAGUUGGUUCCUUCUAUUAAAAACUAUUAUUCUCUGGUGACCACAGGACAACUGGACCGUGAACUAGUGUCUGAUUACAACAUUACAAUCACUGCCACUGACGAGGGCUCUCCACCUCUGUCCUCCUCUAAAACUGUUCAGUUAUCUGUAGCAGACAUCAACGACAACCCACCUGUGUUUGAGGAACAGUCCUACAGCGCAUAUGUGACUGAAAAUAACAAACCUGGCUCCACUUUAUGUUCCGUUACUGCUCGAGACCCCGACUGGAGACAAAACGGUACAGUGAUUUAUUCUCUGUUAGCUGGUGAGGUGAACGGUGCCCCUGUGUCCUCCUAUCUGUCUGUUAACGGAGACACGGGGGUGAUCCACGCUGUGAGGUCGUUUGAUUAUGAACAGUUCAGGAGUUUUAAAGUCCACGUGAUGGCCAGAGACAACGGUUCUCCUCCACUCAGCAGCAACGUGACCGUCAGUGUCUUUAUAUCUGAUGUGAAUGACAACUCUCCUCAGAUACUGUACCCCGCCCCGAGGGCAACUCGUUCAUGA